AUGAAUCGGCUCGGCCUCCUCGUCCUGCUGACCGUGGCUGGACUGGCACUCGGGACAUGGGACAACUGCGGAGGGACCUGCGGACUCCGAGCUCCACUACCUGCCUACCACCCCAUGCCUUACUACUACGGCAACGUGGCUUAUGACUAUGACAUGACACGCGUCGUGGGUGGUGUAGGUGCUGUGGAAGCAUCCUGGCCCUGGAUUGUCAGCAUCCAGCAUCCCGGAACAAGACUGGUUCAUUGGUGUGGAGGGUCUCUCAUCAGUGCAGAGUGGGUCCUCACAGCAGCCCACUGCUUCGACAAGUUUGAGAAUGUCAGCAUGAUGUACGUGGUGAUUGGAGCCACCCAGUUGAGUCAGCCAGGCCCUGGGGCCGUAGUGCGCAAUAUCAAGCAGGUGUUGAUGCACCACUACUACAAGCAAAUCGACUACAGCUACGAUAUUGCCCUGCUGCAAUUGGACCAUCCUAUCCAGUGCAGCCCCUACAUCCAGAUAGCCUGUGUGGCUGACCCCACCCUAAUUGUCUCAGAGUUCGACAACUGCUGGGUGGCUGGCUGGGGUGCCACCACUGCAAGAUCUCAAGAUUCAAGUGAUCGCCUGCAGGAGGCCAAGGUCCAGUUCAUCGAUCUCCAGCUCUGCAACAGCAGUAGCUGGUAUGCAGGGGAAAUCCACCCGUACAACAUUUGUGCUGGUUACCCACAGGGCACCAUCGACACCUGCCAGGGUGACAGCGGUGGUCCUCUCAUGUGCCAGGAUAAGAAAGCUGACUACUGGUGGGUUGUCGGAUUAACCAGCUUUGGAAAAGGCUGCGCCAGACCGAACUACCCUGGAGUCUACACCUCCACUCAGCACUUCUAUGACUGGAUUUAUUACAACAUGCAUACACACUACGCAGCUGAAAGUGCUUCCUGA